UCCUCACACACACACUAACACCUGUACCGUGUGCAGGCACUUGUGACGAGAACACUUGUGAACUAGUAUGAUGUACGGUGGGAACAGGUCCGGGGUGACGGGGCCGCAGGCUGAGGAGGACCUGCAGGAGGUGACACUGGCCAACACCGUCAUCGCUGCCACCUGCCCCAGGCACCCCAGGUGUGACCGGCACCUCCUCUACCGCACCCUCGACGGCUCCUGCAACAACCUGGAGCACCCGUCCUGGGGCCAGGCCAGGACCACCUACCAGAGGCUCCGUCCCCCACACUACAGUGACGGACUUUCAGGUCCGCGUGUGAGUGUGGGCGGCGGCCCGCUGCCCUCCGCCAGACUGGUGUCCACCAGCGUAGCUGCCGACGAGGACCGACCCAGCGCUGACCUGACCCUCUCCGUCAUGCAGUGGGGUCAGUUCCUGGACCACGACCUCGCCCACACCCCAAUCAACAGGUUCGGAGACAUGGGCGGCAUCCAGUGUUGUGGUGAGAGCGGCCGACACCUGGUGGACGCCGCCGUCCGCCACCCGGCCUGCUUCCCCAUCGAGAUCCCCGCCGACGACCCCUUCUUCGGUGGGACUGGUCGCCGCUGUAUGAACUUCGUCAGGUCCCUGCUCGCCCCCCGCGCCGACCCAUGUACUCUGGGACACGGUGAACAGAUGAACCAGGUCACGCACUACCUGGACGGGUCCAACAUCUACGGGUCGAGCCGCCAGGAGGAGCAGACGCUGCGACUGUUCCGUGGCGGCCUCCUGGUGGUGCAGGAGCGGGACCUCCUCCCUCCUGACUCGUCAGUCACGGAGUGCCAGUCCACUAGCCACGGAAAUUCUUGUUUCAAGGCUGGAGACGGUCGCGUCAAUCAGCAAAUAGAACUGGCCAUCAUCCACACCGUGUGGGUGAGGAUGCACAACCGCAUCGCCCGGGAGCUGGCCCGUCUCAACCCCCACUGGUCAGACGAGACCAUCUACCAGGAGACCAGGAAGAUAGUGGUGGCCAUCUACCAGCACAUCAUCUACAACGAGUGGCUCCCUCUCGUCCUAGGGAAGGACUAUAUGGCCGAGAACGGACUACUGCCGCUGCGGGAGGGCUUCUCCAGGGGCUACGACAGCGGCCUUAACGCGGCUUUAUUGAACGAGUUCGCCACAGUGGCCUUCCGCUUCGGUCACUCCCUCGUCCAGGGCAUGAUUGAGCUGGUGGACGCGACGGGGGCCGUGCAGGACGCCAUGCCGCUGUAUGAGAACUUCCACAACCCGGGACCCGUCUACACCCCCGGCAGGCUGGACGACCUCCUCCGCGGCCUGGCCACACAACCCAUCCAGCAGCUGGACAACUUCGUCACCUCUUCACUCACCAACAGACUCUUCCAGACUCGAGAGAUGCCCGUGGGGAUGGACCUGGUGGCCCUCAACACCCAGCGGGCCAGGGACCACGGGGUCGCCCCCUACAAUGACCUGAGGGCAGCGUGUGGACUCACAAGGGCCAAGACCUUCCAAGACCUGCUGGAUGUUCUUCCUCCCAAGGUGGUGAACGUGUUCCAGCAGCUCUACGCCUCUGUUGAUGACAUCGACCCCUUCGUGGCCGGUAUCUCUGAGCGGCCCGCACCGGGGGCUCUCCUGGGACCCACCUUCAGGUGCAUAGUCGGUGAGCAGUUCAUCCGCCUGAAGCGAGGAGACAGGUUCUUCUACGACCUGGCGGACAUGCCCGCCUCGUUUUCUGAAGCACAACUCUACUCUAUCCGGCUGAUGUCAUGGGCGCGCGUCCUGUGCGAGACUGGCGACAUGUUGGGCUACGUCCAGCCCCUCGCCUUCCUCCGGCCCCGAGGACUGAACGAGAGAGUUCCUUGUGACAGUGCAAGCAUCCCGGGCCUCGACCUCUCGCCUUGGCUCUCCAAGACAUAGCAAUACUGCCGUCUACACCCAGCCCUGUGGCCACCAACACCCCCACAACCUCCAGGUGUUGCAACACACGGCGCCCCCCCGACACCCAGCCCGGCGCCCCCCGACACCCAGCCCG